CUCGGCUGUGCUCGGAGCCUUCUUCCUCCGCGCCUCGGAAGCCGGAUCCGGCCCCGGAAACGGCCCGCGGACGCCUGCACCUGGGCCGGCGGGCGGGGAGAGGCGGCCGUGGUGUCCCGGAGAAGCCGUGUUUCCGCGGCCGCCCGGCGGGGCACCCUCUCCGGACGCAGCAUGUAGGCGCCGGGCGGCUGCCAUGAACUCGGGAGCCAUGAGGAUUCACAGCAGAGGACAUUGCCAGGGUGGAAUCCAAGUCAAAAAUGAAAAAAACAGAUCAUCUUUGAAAUCUCUGAAAACUGAAAACAGACCAGAAAAAUCCAAAUAUAAGCCACUUUGGGGAAAAGUAUUUUACCUUGACAUACCUUCUGUCACCAUAUGUGAAAAACUGAAAAAGGAUAUUAAGGAUCUGGGAGGGCGAGUCGAAGAAUUUCUCAGUAAAGAUAUCAGUUAUCUUAUUUCAAAUAAAAAGGAAGCUAAAUUUGCUCAAACUUUGGGCCGAAUAUCUCCUGUACCAAGUCCAGAAUCUGCAUAUACUGCAGAAACCACUUCUCCUCAUCCCAGCCAUGAUGGAAGUUCGUUUAAGUCUCCAGACACAGUGUGUUUAAGCAGAGGAAAAUUACUGGUUGAAAAAGCUAUCAAGGACCAUGAUUUUAUUCCUUCAAAUAGUAUAUUAUCAAAUGCCUUAUCAUGGGGAGUAAAGAUUCUUCAUAUAGAUGACAUUAGAUACUACAUUGGCCAAAAGAAAAAGGAGCUGUAUUUAUUCAAGAAAUCAAAUGCUUCUGUAAAAGAUGUGGGGAAAAGAGUCGGUGUUUGCACACAAAAAACAAAAACAGGAAGACUCAAAAAGCCUUUUGUUAAAGUGGAAGAUAUGAGUCAACUUUAUAGGCCAUUUUAUCUUCAGCUGACCGUUAUGCCUUGUAUAAACUAUUCUAUUCAGAAACCCUGCAGUCCAUUUGAUAUAGAUAAAUCAUCUACCAUCCAAAAACAAACUCAGGUUAAGCUAAGAAUCCAAACAGAUGCUGAUAAAUAUGGUGGAACACCAGUUCAAUUCCAGUUGAAAGAGAAGAAAAAAAAAGGAUAUUGUGAAUGUUGUUUGAAGAAAUAUGAAGAUCUUGAAACUCAUCUCCUAAGUGAACAACACAGAAGCUUUGCACAGAGUAAUCACUAUCAAGUUGUUGAUGAUAUCAUAUCCAAGUUAGUUUUUGAUUUUAUGGAAUAUGAAAGGGACACGCCUAAAAAAAAGAGGAUAAAAUACAGCAUUGGAUCCUUUUCUCCUGUUUCUGCUAAUAUCCUGAAAAAGACUCAACCAAAGCAAAAACUACAAUUGCAACAUAUUUCUCAGAAAGACUUGAGAGAGAGUAAGAUACAGGUGAUGGAGCAGAGUUUCCUGUAUGAAGAAACUCAGGAACCUGAACAAAAGCUUGUGUUGAUUUCAGAACCCAUCCAUAGCGCUUCAAAUGAAUUGAGAGAACUCAAUGAAAAAAUGAGUAAUAGAUGUCCUAUGUUAAAUACAGCUGAAAAUGAUAUAAAACAAAAUUUUACACAGCUACCUCCACAUAAAAAUAAACAGGAAUUCAUUCUUGACAUUUCUGAUACUAAAUUAAGUAAAAAUGACUUAGAAGAGCUAGGAGUAGAUCACUGUCCUUAUAAGCUACAGACUUCUAUACAAGUUUCUGUUUUCAAUGCAAAUAGUGCUGCUCAACCAAAACAAAAUUCAGAUACUGUGAUUUUUCCAACAAAGAAUCUGAAGGAAAAGGAACUUCAUUCAUUACUUGGUCACAAUUCUGAUCUGAGAACAAUCAACAGUUCACAAGAGCACCUAACAGUUCAGGCAAAGACUCAAUCCCCUCGUCCUGGUGAAGAACCCAAUGAAUGUGACAUCAAAAAUGUGGAUAGUUUACCUUCUUGUAAAAUACGUCGAAAAGUGAAAAUGUUAUUAGGACGAAAUAAAAAAGAAAAUCUGGAGCCAAAUGCUGAAUUGGAUAAGAAGAGAACUGAAUUUCUUAUUACACAAGAAGAAAACAGAAUCUGUAGUUCACCAGUACAGUCUCUACUGGACUUAUUUCAGACUAGUGAGGAGAAGUCAGAAUUUAUGGGUUUCACAAGUUAUACUGAAAACAGUGGUGUAUGUGAUGUUUUAGAUAUUUGGGAAGAGGAAAAUUCAAAUAAUCUGUUGUCGAUGUUUUUUUCUUCCCCCUCAAAUUCUACAUUUACUGGCUUUUAGACUUUAAAGGAUGUGUAUUUUUCAAAAGUCACAUAGAUCACAUUCUUGAAAUUUAUUUUAGAAGUAUAUAUAAAAAUUCUUAGGAGUUUUUGGCUACCUUUGUUUACAGAACCAGAUGUAAAUAUUAAUAAAGGUGAUGUUCCCGAUUUUCUAUAGAAUUUAAUAUAUUAGGAAAAUUAUAAACUUUUCACUGUGUCAUAUUUUACUAUGUUCAUAAUUGUUUUGUGAGAAUUAUAAUGAACAAUAUAAUUUGCUGUAUGCCACUAAAAUUUGAGUUUUUGAGAAUAUUAAAAAUGUAUCAACAUAAAUUUGGAUAUUUUAAGUUACACUUAUUGUCCAUUAAAAUAGAUUCCUAUGAUAACAUGGCAUUAUUAAAAAUAUGCAAAUUAAAAACAUUUCAUGGAGAAAGGAAAAGAUGUAUUAAUUUCUGUUGGAAUUUUGGAAGUCAUUGUGACUCAGUUGGGUCAGGUUAGUGUUUUGUAACUGACAGAUUAUCUGUAGGGUAAAUAGAAGCCAUGAAGGAAAAACUUAACCAGCUGCAAUGUAGUAUAUAGCUCUUCUGCUAUUCUUAAUUAUUUACCUUUGUAAAUAACUUUGAGAGUAAUGACUCACUAUGCUUCUUCUAAUUUAGUGUUGAGAGAGGAAGGAUGGUAUUGAAUCGCAGAAAUAGUUUUGAAAUCUGUAUCAGAAUUGCUUUGCUCUACCACUUGCCUGUAUAAUAUUUUGGAAUAAAUACACAUAUAACAAUUUAUCUUUUUAUCAGAAGAUAGAAGGCAAUAACAGCGGCAUUUUUUCAUGGUAAAAAAUUGGUGCUAUUGAAUAUCACAUGAAUACAUUGUCACUAAAAAUUAACUUUAGUUAACAGUUGUAAGUUUUUGAAAUCCUAUAUUGCUCCCAAUAUAGAAUUAGUUGCAUACUUUCUUAUUUGUGGAAAGAGCAUUUCCGUUUCUUUCAGUACACUUGUAUUAUGUUAACCCUUGCACGUUACCAGUGGGAAUACUGGCUUUUCAACAACUUGAUUAUUCUUACCAGUUCCUUAGGUAGGAUCAAUGAAAGAGUCUGCAGUGCAUAUAUGCAAAGCUUGUUUUAGUUGUAGAUCAUUGUAGCAUUUUCUGUCACAAAUGAACAUGUAUAUCUCUGAAUUGAUGUCAAGUUUUAUAGACAGUGUUCUAAAAAUCUAGAAACUUAGAAAAUAAUUUGAAGGGUUUUUUCCUUCAGUUAAUAUCUGUAUGUCCCCCAAAUCCAGAAUAAUUAAAAGGUAAACUUGCUAUAUUAUUCCUUGAUUAUACAGUGAGUCUCUUCAAUUUGCAGUUAUGUUUGCACCACAAUUAUUUGUAUCAUUUUGCUUCCCUGGUAUUUAAUGAAGGUGGGAGGUGGGAGACUGAAGCUGAACCCUCUAGUAGUUGGUAAAUACCUUGAAUAUUGGACUGAACACUCUAAGAUCUUCAUAAUGAAUAAUCAGCUUUUAAGAAAUGUUUAGGUUACAGUUUGAAUGGUGCUAUAAACUGAAGCAGGACUAUCACAUAGCAUUUGCAUUGGGUUGCAUUAUGGGGAUGGGUACUCAGCCUAUAGGAUCAAAGCUGGUAGCAAUCCAGCAUAGUUGCAGCAUAUAAUUGUCCUGGCAAUGAGUACAUUCACCUAGGGGUCAGUGCUUUUUUAAGUUUUUUUGUUUGUUUGUUUUUGUUUUUGUUUUUAGCAAGGCCCAGCCUAUAUAUCUUUGGCAUUGUAUCUACCCAGAGAAGAUGAUUCUUAAAAACUUAAAUUAAUUAAAAUUUUUUUUUCUAGUGGCACUUAAUUCUCUAAUAGCACUUAUAAUUAGACCUUGGUUUCCAGAUCCACUCACAAAAGGACACAAGUCUUUAACAUAGCAAGGUACCUUCAAAAAGUAGGAGUCUACAAAGAUUCCUUUGCAGAGUAGAUAUGAAACUUCAAGUUUUCUUGAACAUGAUAGGCUGUGUCAAAUGGGUCCAGACGAGUAACAAGUCCCGAGCAAGCAUAGAAUUCUAUGAUGUUAACACUGGAGAUGGAAGGACAAGAAAAAGUGUAUCUAAUAAACUUUUAUCUAAGGGCAACAGGUACUACAGCAUUCAGAGUGUGUGGCUCUGUUUUUUGGGGUUAGCCAAACAAUAGCGCUGGAGAUUUCAUGG